UUUUAUGUGGAUCAAUAUAUGCAAACAAAUUCUUGUUUUGAGAUGUAUGUGAUUCAUUUGAUUUCUCAUCACUUAAUGAAUCCAAACAAGCAUCGACUGGUCACCACCAUAAUGGGUGUGAGUCUUCUUUUAAAAAAAAAAAUACUUCCGUGUUUGUGUAUAUGGGAGUACAAAAUUGUCCUAAAUAUAGUGAAGUCUUUUGCUGCUAUAUUGUUUCACUUUUAUUGUGCAACGCACAGUUUUCCGUCCGUGCGAUCAGUGGUAUGGUGUGACAUGGGAAAGUACGCGGAGAGAUAGUCCGUAUAUGAGCAUUGAGUAAACCCUUGUUCCGUAAUCGCGUGACUGCAAUGCCUAGUGACGAGAUGGUGGCUUAUUUACCAAACGAUUAAAACACAUUUGGAGAGGCGAUGUUGCAUGUAAACAUGGACAAAGAAGAUACAAGACGAUCUGGAUACUGUCCGUUCGAAAGGCAGGAAGUGAAUAUAACCUCUCGAUCUGACUGGGGAGCCAUGGACCCCCGGAGAAAAAAAGAAAUGAGUGAACCUGCCAAGAGAGUGGUCAUCCACCACACGGCAAUCCGGAAUUGUGCUACUGCACAGGAUUGUAUGGAACAAGUAAUCCGUAUACAGAAGAUGCACGUGAGGGAUAGAGACUUUGAUGACAUCGGUUACAGCUUCUUAGUCGGGCAAAAUGGGAUGCUAUAUGAGGGACGCGGAUGGGGCAUCGUUGGGGCGCACAGCAAAGGACAUAACCUGGACUCUGUUGGGAUCGCGUUCAUGGGCAAUUUUAACGAUGAUGUUCCUACUUCUGCAGCUUUGUCAUCCGUCAAACGCCUGCUACAGGAUGGGGUGUUACAGGGCUUCUUGAUCUCCAAUUACACCAUUUUGGGGCACAGGGACUUGGCGAGUACCGAGUGUCCCGGAAAUAAACUUUAUUCUGAAAUACAACGCCUCGGGUCUGAUAGGGAAUAAGUCUACGGACAUUCUCUAAUGUUUGUUUAUCUAAAUAUUUUCAUUGACAAGACUGUGGGUGAGUGGUGGCGGGUUGAAACACUGCAUUGUUCAGUGUUUCCAUCAAGUCGAUGUGGUGAGUAACUUUUGUUAGCUCUGCACAUUUGAUAAUACAUAAAGAACAGCUACCAUUUGUAUCUGUUUGAAGACCAUUAUACUGACAUAUUUUAUUUAUGCAUUGCCGACACAUGAUCUGUUUUCUAAGAACGCCAACCUCUAAAUUGUGCGAUUUGUCAAUGGGUGGGGGGUAAAUGUUUGUAGGCCUACAUGUAAAUGUUUAUAAUGUGUAUUUAUUUCCAAACACUUUAAACGUUAGCUAAAUGUUUUGA